CGAGGUCAACCACCAAGAUAUUAUGCAUUGGGCAAAUUACACCCAGCACAAAAUGCACAAAAAAUAUCAACCCGAUCCGAAAUCAACUUCAGGAGGCUCCGGAGCCACCUACCUACUUACCUGGUACUUAGUAGCGGCAGGUAGAAGAAUGAGUUACCUCCUCGGUCGUAGCGUCGGAUCUUCUUCUUCCUCGUUGUCUUAGUGCUCGGAAAUCCGGCAUUAGAAGAUCCCGG